AUGUCAGAUGAUACAACAACUGGUUCAGUGACCACUAGCGAAGCGACUACAAGUGACAAAAAUGAUUUAUUGACCACUGAAGUGACUGAGGCACUUUCUGUUGAUGCUAUUGCUCGAAUUCCUCAGAUACUUGAAGAUCACCAGGACCAAAUUCAGAAACGUAGAGAGGAAGCGUACAGAGGGCAGGUAUCCCAAGCCGAGCGAAUGGUCAAACGUAGUCGCUUAGACUUUAAAGUUGGUGGGGACAAUGUUGCUGUCUCAAUUCCUGCUGUGGAUCGUGCUAACGGGGAUCCACUGAAUAUCCCGGGUGUUAUUCUGUUUGCUGACAGAUGGUGUAAAUCAGGAUACUGCAGUGUCAUUUCGAGAAGGUUAUUGCACAAUCUUUAUGUGGUGCUCAGGGAUUCACUAGAUGCAACUGUAGUGGUCUACCUCCAGCUGGUGGUGCAGGCGCUGGUCAAGAACUACGAAGCUUGCAAGCACCUGUCGCCAGUGGAAAAGAACCUCAAAGAGUCAGACAUAGAGGAUGUCGCUGUCAAGCUGGAGUACAGCAUCUUCACCUCCACAAACGUCAUCAUGAUGUACCGGAAGGGAAUGAUGUCACUGAUGAUGGGUAUCAGAAAAGAUACAACAGCACUUAAGUUACGAAAUGAGCUGGCGGAUCAUGAGCCUAAGCUGAGUCUCAACCAGUGGGCCAAGCAGGUGGAAAAAGAGUUGAAGAACAAGAAUAAAGUUGGCUCUGGCUUCAAGAGCGCCUCCCAACUCAUGGACGACAAUGCCAAGGACAGCAGUAAGUUGGCCAACAAGGAACCUCCAAAUCUUAGCACGAGAAGAGGAUUUUCCCUGAAGAGGUCACCUAAUCACCAGACAUCUAUAAAUUCAUUCUUUGGGAAGGCGCCCAAGCAAGAGGGGGAUUCGAAGAAAAAGGACCACCAGCUUUCAGAAAGUGAGUCAGAGGGAGACAAUGAUAACAGGGAGGGAAAUCCUGAACCAGACAAGGAGGAGGGAGAAGAGGACAAGGAAGGAGAGCAAGGGGAGGAUGCCAAAAGAAGUCCCCAGAGCCACAAGGAGAGAGAUUUAGACAGUGACUGUGACAGCAGAUACGAUCCUGACGAGAACCAGGAGUUUGGGUUGGAGGAAGUGUCCCUCUCAGACCUUGAGUAUGAUGAAGAGGAGGAUGGCAGUGAUGUUCGAAAAAUUGCUGAUGACAGAGACAAAGAAAGUGAGAAAAAGGAAAAGAAAGAUGAUAUGAGUUAUGAUUUUCCUGAAUCUGAAGGUUUUACAUGUGAUAAGGGAGAUGAGGUCAGUAUUAGUGGGAAGGAGGAAAUAGGUGGUGAAGAUUCUGAUCAAGACAUUGACAUGCAGGACAUGGACAGCUGUGAUGAGAGAAAAUGUGCAGAUGAUGUGUUAAAAAGACCUGAAGAUAAGGAUAUGUUAGGAAGCUCAGUUUCAGGAGAAAAGGAAAAUGUGAAUUCUGAAGACCAUGGCACAACCUUUUGGAAUUCUCCCUUGAAGGAUGAAGAUUCAUACAUGGAAUACUCUCACAGCAAAAAUUCUGACUUGCACAACAAGCGCAAUCAUUCACCAAGUAACCGUGACACCUCCAGAGGCCAGAAACGAACAAUGGAAGAGGACAGGGCAAGUGAGAAGACAUUGACAAGGAAAAGGACCAAGCUCACAGAAAUUGACCUGUUUGGGAACACAGACUCCCAGCAGUCAGACUCAGAGCCAGAAAGCGGAGGCCGUAGCAGCACAAAAGAGAAUCGUCAUCAGUCGGAAAAAGAUUCCAAGCACAAAGAGGGCAGCUCUAAGUCAAGCAGCAGGAAGCAUACACACAAAGAUGACACCAGUUCCUCCAAAGGACAGAGCAGAAAAGAGACGUCGAAGGUAAAAAAGGAGCUAAAGGAGAUUGAUCUCUUUGGGGAAGCUGACAGAGAUUGCGAAUCAGAAGAACAGCAGAAUGAAAGAAGAAUUGUUGAUAGAAAGAGGGAUAAUAGAAGAACUGAGGAAAAGAGUAAGAGAAAUGAGGAGACACACAAAAAGAGCAGUAGAAGUAAAGAAAGUGAGGACAGACACAGUAAGGAUGAGAGAAGGAGUGAUAAAAGUCAACACACAAAGACAGAUGAUAGAAGAAAGGCAGAGAGAGACAUAAAGGAACCAGAAAUGCGAAAUGAGAAAAAACAAAAUUUUACAUUCAAAAGUUUUAAAACGGACAACAGGUAUGAUGCAGGAAGCAGGGCAAAACUUCCAGAUGAGACAACUUACAGGAAAAUGAAUAACUUUGAAGAGCAAAUAAACAGAGAGAAGGAAAAACAAGAAUAUAACAGAAAAGAUCAUAAACCAAGGUAUGCAGAUGAAAUUAAUUUUAGGAAAACAAGUGAUAGUAAGGAGAGGAAACAGAAUGAAAACAUAGAAAGAAUUAGCAGUCCCAGAAGUGACAGGAAAACAAGUGAAAGAAGAGAGAGACGGACUAGUGAAAACAAGGAGGCAAGAGUAAGUGAAGGGAAGGAGAGGAAACCAAGUGAAGGGAAGGAGAGGAGGGCAAGUGAAGGAAGGGAGAGGAGGGGAAGUGAAGGGAAGGAAAGGAGGGGAAGUGAAGGGAAGGAGAGGAGGGGAAGUGAUGGGAGGGAGAAAAGAACAGUUGAAAGUAAAGAGAGAACACCAAGUGAGACCAGAGAGAGGAAGGACAGUUCUAGUUCUUGUCAGACUUCAGAACCCCCAGAAAAGGCUACUAAGCGGAGAACGAGUGCCGACACACACAAGAUGGAUUCGUGCCUUGUAGAAAAAUCAAAACCAAAGCCCCUGCCAGCCCCUGCGCCAAAGAACCCACCAGUGAACAAAAAGCUGAUAGCAGACUGGGUUGUGAAGCACCUGAUGCCACACUACAAGAACGAAAGCAUUAAGGGAAAGGAGGUCUUCAAAGCACUUGCCAGACAGCUGUCACAUCACAUCUCCAACCAGGGUGUCAUUAGAGAAGAUGAUGAGGUGAAGCAGUAUGUCAAUGGCUUCUUCACCAGAGUGACCAAAGUCUCCAGUGAAGCCGACAUUGUCCUUGAAUAAUAAGAUUGUCCUUGAAUAAUAAUUUUGUCCUUGAAUAUAGACCUUUUUCCAAGUGCUGCCAAGGUUAUUUUUAAACAGCAAGCAUUACAGAAAACUGGAGUGACUUUAAGCACUGAAAUGUUUUACAACGUGACACAGAAGGAUAAAAAUGGUCAACAUUGUUAGGAGAGUAUGGAAAUUACGCAUACAGUAGUUUCAUAUUGUUUACAGUACCUGGUUUAUAAACAUAGGAGCCUUAUAUACCUAUACAGAUUAAAGCAAAUGGGAUUUCAAAGGUACAUAUUGUUCCUAACAAGAGUGUUUUAUGGUUGAAAAUUGUUUGUGCAUUGUUUCCUUUUACACUGAAACUCGCAUAUAAAGAUGUGUGUUUGAUACCAGUGACACUGGUUAAUGGUAAUAUUCAUGCUGGCUAUUCAUUUGUACCUAAUUAUUAGAAUAAAUGAGUAAUGCA